AAUUAAAAGCUCUCAGAGACUCCCCGAACGAUUUCUGUCGUCGCCCAACCCAUUCUAUCGCUAUUCUAAAUAUCUCUUUUUUGGUGUUGCUGAACUGCAACACCUGUCCACGGGAAACUUUAGUAUCGCCGCCGGGCAAGGUUGACGACGAGACACGGCGACCACAUGCAACGAGCACAGUCGGCCGUGGAUUUUACAAAUCUACUUAAUCCAGGCGCUCCAGUGGCAAGGGAGCAGCAGCAGCAGCAGCAGCAGCAGAAGGAAGGAGACAUGGCAACCGUCACCGUCAUCCGGCCCAACGGCCCCCUCCCUGGAGGUCAGGCAACUGAGACUCCGAACGAGCUGCCUCGCCCAUACAAGUGCCCCUUAUGCGACAAGGCCUUCCACCGCCUCGAACAUCAGACUCGGCACAUUCGGACACACACGGGAGAGAAACCGCAUGCAUGCCAAUUCCCUGGCUGCAGCAAGAAGUUCUCUCGCUCAGACGAACUGACCCGCCAUUCGAGGAUACACAACAACCCCAACUCGCGGAGAGGGAACAAGCAGCAACAGCACCAGGGCAUGGUCCACGGCAUGCAGCCAGAUAUGAUGCCGCCGCCUCCCGCUCCCAAGGCUAUCCGGUCGGCGCCUCCGUCCGGCAUGUCGUCUCCCAACGUCUCGCCACCGCAUUCGUACGCUUCGUACGCGGUCCCCCACCCUUCCGGCUUGAACCCCUACGGCCGUGGACUGCCUGGUGCUCAGGGGCAUGGCAUGGAUAUCACCAUGCUGGCCAAGGCGGCCAAGCAGGUCGAGCGGGAGACAUUAGCCACGCCGCCUCACCAUAACCACCAUCUCGCCAGGCACCACCCCUACUAUUCCCACGGUCUCCAACCCUCGCGUGGCCAUUUGCCUUCACUGUCUGCGUACCACAUGUCGCGGUCUCACUCUCACGACGAGCAUGACGAUCAUUACGGACACGCCUACAGGCAACCGAAGAGAUCGAGGCCGAACUCGCCAAACUCGACAGCGCCGUCAUCCCCAACGUUCUCCCACGAUUCCCUCUCGCCAACACCCGAUCAGACACCGCUUGCUACUCCGGCCCACUCGCCGCGCCUCCGGCCUUUCACCGAUACGUACGAUCUUCCUCCGUUCCGGAACCUGUCGCUGCAGCACACGACCCCCGCGCUGGCUCCGUUGGAACCCCAGCUGGAUAACCAGUUCCCACUGAGCCAGGCUCCGACGACAGCGCCAAGGAGUACCGGCAUGUCUCUUGCCGAUAUUCUCAGCCGGCCGGAUGGAUCACAAAGGAAGCUCCCGGUUCCGCAGGUACCCAAAGUCGCCGUACAUGACUUGCUUGGACCGACAGACGACUACCACGUGAGCGGCAGAAGCUCGUCGUCCAACAGCAUCUCAGGGGGCGACUUGGUGGAUCGUUUCUAGAUUGGAUCCGGUUUACUUGGCUGUAAAUUCGGAACUGGACAUGAUUGAUGACAAACGCCGGCUAUAGAUGGAACCACGAUGGCGUAUUAUACUUGAUUUUUCUCUCUUUUUGUUAUCCGGCUCGGCAGCGGGCCACCCGUCCAUAAUAUUGACCUUGUCACUCGGCCGGCCCCCCCCCCGUUGGGACUACCGACUGCUGAGUUCAAGGUCCCACCGCCUCAGAGGACGACG